CCACGCGCUCCUCCGCGUGCUCGACUCGCCCGCGCGGAACACGCUCGCCGCGUCGGCCGCCGCAUUCGCCGCAGGAUCGCUCGCGGACGGACGGGUCCGGCGACUCCUGGGUAAGGAGUCCGGACACUAGAUGCUGAAGUUUUUUUGGGGAGUCUUUACUCACGCAGGGGGCGGCCUCUUUCCCAGGCUACUCUUCUUCACCCGGCCUCUUGGGGUCUUCUUCGGCGUCCGACGGUGCGCAUCGGGCUUCUAGGAGAGGCCCGCCGUCGGUGCGGCCGGUCUUGCGUUUCGCCCUAACUUUGUGCAGUCCAGGCUGGUCUUGGUCCUCCGAGUAAGGUGGAGGGUCUUGUGUCCCACUGCCUUCACGUCCGUCGCGCCGGCGCACAUACAUGCGCCGUCUGGAACAGCGUCGCGCGGACGGAUGCGAUGGCAUCGGAACGCCCCGGCCUGCGUGGACAUCCCAUUGCCUUCACGUCCGUCGCGCCGGCGCACAUAUAUGCGCCGUCUGGAACAGCGUCGCGCGGACGGAUGCGAUGGCAUCGGAACGCCCCACGGCAUCGGCGUCGGAGCCGGCGUCGGAGCCGGCGUCGGAGCCGGCGUCGGGCCCGGCGAGGGCUGCGGCGUCGGCCCAGGACUGGGCUGCGGCGUCGGCAUCGGCGUGGGGCCCGGCGAUGGCCCAGGCGUAGGGCCCGGCGUCGGCAGCGGCGUCGGAGCCGGCGUCGGAGCCGGCGUCGGGCCCGGCGAGGGCUGCGGCGUCGGCCCAGGACUGGGCUGCGGCGUGGGCAUCGGCGUGGGGCCCGGCGAUGGCCCAGGCGUAGGACCCGGCGUCGGCAGCGGCGUCGGAGCCGGCGUCGGAGC